AUGGGUCUGUUCCCAACUCUUGAGCAAAGCUUGACCGCGGAAUCCCUUGGCUCAAUGGACGGAGAGGACAAGUUGCAAUUAAUCAAAGAUCGUGACAACAUAAUCAUCCUCAUCCAGGAAAUAUUGAAACAAGAUCCUAUUCAACUUUCAGAAUCGGCCAAAAGUACGCUACAAGGCCUGAUGAGCAGCCAGGUCUUGCAGUACUUGGAAAGCACCAGAGAACGUUGA